CCGCAGUAGUUAGUCAGUCAGUGCCUCCGCGAGCGCCGUCCCGACCGCACACGAGCCCGCUCUCCCCACACCGCCGCGUGCCAGGCAGAGCCGUUUCGACACGCUACUCGGUUGCGAAAGUCUGCGCGAUGAUAUACAAGUGAGAGCCGACAUCGAACGCCCGGGUAACGCUCAUCGCACACGGUGAGCCAGUUUAUCGGACUAAAGACAUUCGAAACUCGCAGGGACGGGGGGCGCGCGACGCCGUCGGGUCGCACACGCGGGAGCAACGUAUCCACACACUUAACUCUCAGAGAGAAACGGAAACCAAUUUUUAAUGUGUCAAGUCAGUAUAGCUUAUUGCUGCUACGUCAGAUCGCAGAACGCCUCGAGCAGGAACUACAAGGUUAUGCAAAUGAGUUCUGAACGCUUCUAUACCAGGGGUAAUCAAAAGACCAUUCACAACUUCAAUAAACUUUAACGUUUAGUCUUACCGUACGGUGUUUAUAAGUGCUUAUCUGUCAUUUUCCCUAUCCUUUAUCUUUCGGUGUCGCGAUCGCUAAUUGCUAAUUACUGUGGAAGUCGAGUGAUAACGAGUCUGUGAUUCGGCUGAGUGGGUGUCUGACGUGUGCGACGACCAGAGGAGUCCAGCAGUAUCAGCAGCAGCAGCAGCAUGGCCGCCCCGCAGGAGGAGACGCUGCUCUCGCGCUGUGAAAUCCCCAUAAUCGACCUGGCGCAUAUAGGCACAGAUGUGUGUCCUAUGAAAUCAGUGGUGAGACGCAUUGGCCAGCAGUUGGUCACUGCUCUCAGUGGAAAGGGUCUAGCUGUACUUGUCAACCAUGGAAUUGCUGAGGAGAAGUUGAAAGCGGUGUACGCCGACUUGGACAACUUCUGCGCGCUCCCCGAGGGCUGCCAGGCGCAGUACCUGCGGAACCCCGUCAGCAACCACGGCUACGUGCGCCCGGGUAUGGAGCAGUUCGAUGACACUAAAAAGGAGCUGCGUCACGCGUUCAACAUCACGUCGUUGACCGCGGCGGCGAUGCCCGCCGAGGAGGAGGUGCCGGAGUUCUGCAGCCACACCGUGCCUCUCGCGAGGGACCUCACCAACCUCUCGCGUGUGCUUCUCCAGGCCUUGGCUUAUGCUUUCGGUGUGCCGCCAGCCACGCUCCUGGCCUGCCACUCCGGCAUGCUGCAGAGCGACGGCCGCAACCCGUCCACCAUGCGCCUGCUGUACUACCCGCCCGUCCCUCCCGAGGACGAGGGCCCGUGCUGCCCCAGCGACGCCGUGCACUACACGCGCUGCGGCGCGCACUCCGACUACGGCACCUUCACGCUGCUGGCCCAGGACUCGGAGGGCGGCCUGGAGGUGAAACUGAACGGCAGCGAUGUGUGGCAAGCGGUUGGGCACCUGCCCGGCGCUAUCCUCGUCCAGCCGGGAGAGCUGUUGGCUGCAUGGACCACCAACCUUCUUCCUGCUCUUAUGCACCGCGUAGUAGUCCCGUCGGGCACGUACGCUCGGGCUCGCGGGCGUCACUGCGUGGCUUUCUUCUGCCACCCCGACAACGACGCUCAACUGCCCACGCUGCCGCUUCAAGCCGCACCCGCGCCGGCGCCGCCUGCGUACACGCCACACGCGCAUAUAACCCUCCACAACCGUAUUCUAAACGCAGCUCAUCACCUUCAAAAACGUUUUCGCGAGACGUACGCGUGACUAGCGCGAGGCGGCGACGGGAAACGCGCGCCGCAGAAGACGCCGCUUGCGAGGCGGCACACCGCGCCGUAGCAUUGCAUUGCUUACGAACCUUAAAGCCGUCUCGUCCGUUUCCCCUGGGACUUUGGAUUAGUUGGGGUUUAUACACUGGAACUUCUUGCAACGAUACAAACAACAAAGUAUCGAUACAAUCGCAAAUUGUCGAUAUUACACACAAGCACAAAACAGAUAUUUCUUAAAACUACUUUUAAGACAGCCACUACCUACAAUCACGAUGGAGACUACAUCAGUUGUUGUAGAGCUCUCUGUUGUACUAGAGCAGUUGUCAAUCGCGUUUAUAUCGCUGCAAAAAGUCUCAGUGUGUAGGGCUUUAAGCGGUCAAACUGUAGUUCCUUGCUAGACAGUUACAACGAUGGAAGUAAGAGUCCCGAUACAUCCGCAUCUUAGAUUUGUUCUUUGAAGAAAAGCAAUUGGUUAAUGAUACGGUGGGAGUAGAGAGACCUAACCCAGCAUUUAUAGAAGAAUGACAAGCGAAUAUCGAAAACGUAAUAAAAAGUAAGCAUAUUGUUAAGAAGUCAGUUUUAUUGUACUCUGCGUACUUAAAUUGGUUACGUAUGUUUCCCCAGGAACUCUAAGGAUUAUCCUUAUAAAUUGAUUUAUAUUAACAUCACGCUGAUUGACAAAUAAAUACAAUCAAAGUAUUCGAAAACCUACUCAAGUCGAUCCUGAGAUAUUGCAGGGUACGGGGAAUUAGAUGUAGAUGUUCGAUCGGUAUAUGUAUAUUAUUUACUGAGCAUAUCAAUACACUAAUACCACACCAGUAAUUAACAUCGAGGUCCGAAUUGAUUAAAGAUUGAAUGAUAUUUCGAUGAUACAUAAUAGAUAGGAAGCAAACAACAACCUAUGCAAUGCUAAGAUUGAAAGUAAUUACGCUGCUGCGUCAGAGCAAACAUCACAGCAAAGGAGGUUUAUAGUACUUACAUUUUAAAAACAAUUUUACAAUUUUACUGAGCUUAUUUUUAUUUAAGUGCAUCGUAAUAAUUUACGUACUUAUCACACAACGCACAAUAAUUGUUCAUUCCUAUGUAUUUAGAUGAUGUUCAUUAAAAAUAGUAUUAAUAUUAUAAAUUCAAUAGUAAAAAAGUGUCGGUGCGUGCUUAACUUAAAACGACCUAUCGCUAUUUCUAUUCUUGCCCAAUAUCUAGACUUAUAAUAGGUUUCAAAGACUCGUUAAUACCAUUCCCGUAAUUUUUUGCAUUUUGUUGAAGUGUCCUUAUUGGAUUCGUCUCACAAUUUGAAUGUUUAAACAUAGGAAUCUAGUACCUAGAUAAUACGAAUUUGCAAAACACAAUGUCUAAAAUUGUAUAAAGAUUUGGAAUGUCAAAAAUAUUUACCUAAGUUUAGAAAAGACUGCUUUACAUGGCACAUAAUUGUAAUUAAGUUUCGAUCUAAAUUGACUACUUUUGGGAGUCUGGGUCAUUAUUUAGUAAGGUAGCAAUUAGCGGCGUGAAAUCGCUAUUUAUAUAUUAAUUUGAUUAAAUAAUCUUCGUGUUUUGCUUCUGCAUUUUCUUAGGACUGGUUUUUAGGUGAAGUUGCCGCAAAAAGUAUGAACAACUUACAUAAAUAUAUUGUCAACUUAAAAUAUGCAACUCUGCGGUGACUUUGCCUAAAAUCUAGUUAUAUUUUAGCUAAUUUUAUACCUUAUAUUUCUAUUUAUUCGCUGUCCACUUCACGAAUACUUACUUUUUCACUAAGUAAAUCGUGUGAUAGCCUUGAUAGCUCAAUUUAGUACUGUACUUAAGUAUACGAUAUUACGUUCGUACAUCGAACUUGAAAUUACAUUUUAGGUAAUAUUAGAUAUUGCUACGAUGAUGACAAUUUUUUUACUUAAAUUUUAAAGUAGGUACUUACUCCCAGUUUAUUUACAAAAGGACUUUAUCUACUUAUAAAAAAAAUAUAAUUUUCGUCACACAAAAUGCAGAAUGCUUUUAAUGUUUCUACAGAAGGGAGUAUUUUUCAUUUAUCAUCUCGUUCAGUCCUUUAUUUCGUAAUUGAACAGUAAUUUUAUAGUACAUAACAUAAAUACAAUAAAAUGGAAAAAUAUACGUAUACACACUUUAUUACACUUAACAGAAAAGUACUUAAGAUACGAUGACCAUAGGAUCACCAUACGAUCACCACCACCCCUUAAAGUAUUGUUUUAAUGUACUGUUUAGUUCUGUCCAAAAUUUUAUUAAAACAAGCUGAUUUUAUUGAGAAAUAAUGUGAAAUAAAUCGUGCUAAUUUUAAGAAGA